CUUAAACUUGUCUUCUUUCUUCCCACUCUUUCUCAGUCUUGUCUAUAUUAUAACCCUUCUGUUAUGUAAGUUGUAAAUACGAUCAUUAUGUUCUGUUCUGUCCAAUCCAAUCUGUAAUCUCUCUGUAGUGAGACUAAGUUUUCAUUGAUAUCCAGAUAGUUGGGGUGAAGAUGCAAGGGUUUUCAGAGAUAGGUGGGUCACAGGAUUUGGCCCAACUUCUGUCCACCAUGCACACUAUCGAGCUUGCUUGUACUUCCAUUCAGAUGCACAUGAAUCCAACUGAGGCUGAGGCAACUCUUUUGUCGCUGUCCCAGUCCCAACAGCCAUAUCAAGCUUGUAAAUACAUCCUUGAGAAUUCCCAGGUGGCAAAUGCAAGAUUUCAAGCUGCAGCAGCAAUUCGAGAUGCAGCUAUAAGAGAAUGGAGUGUGCUUACUUCUGAUGACAAGAGGAACUUGAUAAGUUUUUGUCUGUGCUAUGUUAUGCAGCAUGCUAAUUCUCCCGAGGGUUAUGUUCAAGCAAAGGUUUCUUCUGUGGCUGCUCAACUAUUGAAAAGGGGCUGGCUUGAUUUUGCAGCUGCCGAGAAGGAGUCAUUUUUCUAUCAGGUAAACCAAGCUGUUUCUGGAAGUCAUGGCAUAGAUGUGCAAUUUGCUGGAGUCAAUUUCCUGGAAUCUCUGGUAUCAGAAUUUUCUCCUUCAACAUCUAGUGCAAUGGGCCUUCCUAGGGAGUUUCAUGAGCAAUGCCGAAGAUCAUUGGAGAAGGACCAUUUGAAGACAUUCUACUGCUGGGUACGAGAUGCUGCUUUAAGUGUCACAAAUAGAAUAAUCGAAUCAGGCUCUGCAGUACCAGAGGUUAAAGUUUGUACUGCUGCAAUUCGGCUUAUGCUUCAAAUUCUAAACUGGGAUUUCUCAACAAACAGCAGUCGUGCAGCAAUUAGUGCAUUCUUGGUUGGAGUUAGGCAAGAUGAUUCAUCUAAGAGGUCUGAGUGUAACUUGGUGCAGCCUGGUCCUGCUUGGCGUGAUGUUUUGGUUACUAGUGGUCAUAUUGGAUGGCUCUUGAGCUUAUAUGAAGCAUUGAGACAGAAGUUUUCAUGUGAAGGUUACUGGCUGGAUUGCCCUCUCGCUGUCUCUGCCCGAAAGUUAAUUGUCCAGUUCUGCUCCAUGACAGGAACAAUAUUUCCUUCCGAUAAUGUGCAAAUGCAUGAGCACCAUCUGCUUCAAUUGCUUUCUGGGAUAAUUCAGUGGAUUGAUCCUCCUGAUGUUGUUUCAAAAGCAAUAGAAAAUGGAAAGAGUGAAAGUGAGAUGCUUGAUGGUUGUCGUGGAUUAUUGUCUAUUGCGACUGUUACAAAUCCCUCUAUGUUUGACCAGCUACUGAAAUCAGUAAGGCCCUUUGGUACUCUGACCCUGCUAUCCACCUUGAUGAGUGAAGUUGUUAAGAACCUCAUGACUAAUAACUCUGAAGAGGAAACCUGGAGCUGGGAGGCGCGAGAUAUUUUAUUAGAUACUUGGACUGCCCUUCUUGUGCCAUUGAAUAGGGAUGGCGGAAAUACAUUGCUUCCAUCUGAAGGGAGAAUUGCUGCAGCCAAUCUCUUUGCCUUGAUUGUGGAGUCUGAGCUAACAGUUGCUGCCGCAUCAGCAUUCAAUGACGAUGUAGAUUCCAAUUACCUUCAGGCUUCCAUUUCUGCCAUGGAUGAAAGAUUGAGCUCUUAUGCUCUCAUUGCAAGAGCAGCAAUUGAUGUCACAAUCCCUUUCCUCACUAGGCUCUUCUCUGAGCGCUUUGCACGGCUUACUAAGGGCAGGGGCAUUGUUGAUCAAACUGAAACUCUGGAAGAAAUAUACUCAUUGUUACUAAUCACCGGCCAUGUAAUCUCUGAUGAAGGGGAUGGAGAAACGCCAUUGAUUCCAAAUGCUAUACAAACCCAUUUUUCUGAUAUUGCCGAGGCAGAGCAGCAUCCUAUUAUUAUACUUAGCAGCACAAUUGUAAAAUUUGCCGAGCAGAGUUUAAAUCCAGAAAUAAGAGCCUCAGUGUUCAGUCCUCGACUAAUGGAGGCUGUUAUAUGGUUCCUUGGAAGAUGGUCUUGCACAUAUAUAAUGCCACCUGGAGAAAAUACAGAUCCAAACUCCAACAAAGUUUUGGUGACCUUUUUUGGGCUACAUAAUCAAGGACAACUUGUGCUUGACAUUAUUAUUCGCAUAUCCCUAGCAGCACUAGUUACAUAUCCUGGAGAGAAAGAUCUGCAGGCGCUCACUUGUUACCAACUACUUCAUUCACUUGUUCAGCGGAAACAUAUUUGUGCGCAUCUUGUUCAACUGGAUUCGUGGCGUGACCUAGCAAGUGCUUUUGCUAAUGAUAAGACACUCCUACUUUUAAACACAGUUCACCAGCGAUCACUUGCUCAAACACUUGUUCGCUCAGCAUCUGGCUUGAAUAAUCUGGAGUCAUCAAACCAGUACGUAAGGAAUCUCAUGGGUCAUAUGACAACAUAUUUUGUGGAACUUUCAACAAAGAACGACUUCAAAAGUGUUGCUCAACAACCAGAUAUAAUUCAUUCGGUCAGUUGCUUGUUGGAGCGGCUUCGUGGAGCAGCUAAUGCCUCAGAACCUCGAACACAAAAAGCAAUCUAUGAGUUGGGAUUCUCUGUAAUGAAUCCUAUUUUGGUAUUGCUUGAUGUUUACAAACAUGAGUCUGCAGUUGUUUAUCUGCUACUCAAGUUUGUUGUUGAUUGGGUGGAUGGACAAAUAAGCUAUCUAGAGGCUCAAGAAACUGUUGCUGUAGUUAACUUCUGCACAAAUUUGAUUAAACUUUACUCGUCACACAAUAUUGGCAAGAUAUCAAUAAGUCUUUCAAGCAGCUUGCUUAGUGAAGCAAAAACUGACAAAUACAAGGAUUUACGUGCUCUUCUUCAACUCCUUUCCAAUCUUUGUUCGAGAGAUCUAGUUGACUUUUCUUCUGAUUCCGUCGAGUCACCUGGCACAAAUAUAUCUCAGGUUGUAUACUUUGGUCUUCACAUUGUUACACCUUUGAUAACUUUAGACCUGCUGAAAUAUCCCAAGCUGUGUUAUGAUUAUUUUUCGCUUCUAUCACAUUUGCUGGAGGUUUAUCCAGAGACAGUUGCAAACCUAAACAAGGAGGCCUUUUCACAUGUAAUUGGAACUAUUGAAUUUGGUCUUCACCAUCAGGAUUCAGAAGUGAUUGAUAUGUGUCUGAGAUCUUUGAGAGCUGUUGCUUCAUAUCACUUUGUGGAAACAAAUGGGGGUAGACUCGGUCUUGGCUCUCAUGCUGCUGAAGGCAUUUUAGGCCAAUUCCUUCGUUCGUUGCUACAGUUACUCAUUUUCGAGGAUUACAGCCCGGACCUGAUCAGCAGCGCGGCUGACGCACUUCUUCCGCUGUUACUAUGCGAACAAACCCUCUACCAGAGACUUGGCCAUGAGUUAAUAGAGAGGCAGUCAAAUCCAACAUUUAAAUCAAGACUGGCUAAUGCAUUGCAUUCUUUAACUAGUGCAAAUCAGCUCUCGUCGACCCUCGAACGUAAGAACUUUCAUAUUUUCAGGAAAAAUUUAAACAGUUUCCUGAUAGAAGUUCGAGGAUUUUUGCAAACAAAAUAAUAUGCUUCACAAAAUGCUCGGUCGUUGUGUAAAAUCUUGAGAAAAAUAUGGAGGGAAUUUUAUCCCUAUUCAUUUUGUUCUUUAGUUUUUGUAAUGCAAUGUACAAAAAUUUUUGGGGAGAAAAGGAUAGAGCUGUAGUAGGCCAUUUGCUUUGCUCAAAUUCAUGAUUGUGAAUAAUUCAAGUGAUUGCAUUUGUAUUUGACUAGUUGCAAUUAAUCAACCAAGAAGGUUUUCAUC